AUGAAGAUGAAGAAGCUUAAGUUCAGCAAGAUAUAUUCAUUUAGAUUUGGUCAAAAAGCAAACUUUAGGACUGAAAAUCCACAGAUUGGAAAACAGGGGUUUUCUAGGGUUGUUUUAUGCAAUGAACCAGAUAGUUUUGAAUCAGAUUUUAGGAAUGGUUAUGCUGAUAAUUCUGUUAGGUCAACAAAAUAUACAGUUGCUAAUUUCUUGCCUAAGUCUUUGUUUGAGCAGUUUAGGAGGGUAGCUAAUUUCUUUUUCCUUGUUACUGGUAUCUUAGCUUUCACUAAACUUGCUCCUUAUACGGCGGUUAGCGCUAUUCUUCCUCUAUGUAUUAUCACUGGUGCAACUAUGGUGAAAGAAGGUGUUGAAGAUUGGCGUCGGAAAAAGCAGGAUAUUGAGGUGAACAAUAGAAGAGUUAUAUUUCACAAAGGUGAUGGAAAUUUCGAAUAUACGGAGUGGAAGAAUCUCAAGGUGGGGAAUAUAGUGAAGGUAAAGAAGGAUGAGUUCUUCCCUGCUGAUCUCCUAUUGCUUUCAUCGAGUUAUGACGAUGCAGUGUGCUAUGUUGAGACUAUGAACUUGGAUGGGGAAACAAAUUUGAAGCUAAAACAAGGAUUGGAAGUAACCUCUUCCUUAAACGAGGACUUUAUAUUCCGUGAUUUCAAAGCUUCCGUCAAAUGUGAAGAUCCAAAUGCAAAUUUGUACUCAUUUGUUGGGAGCAUGGAGUUUGAAGGACAAAAGUAUCCCCUUUCUCCUCAACAACUUCUUCUACGAGACUCUAAACUUCGUAACACAGACUAUGUAUAUGGAGCAGUCAUCUUUACCGGUCAUGACACGAAGGUUAUUCAAAAUGCCACUGACCCUCCUUCGAAAAGAAGCAAAAUAGAGAAGAAGAUGGAUAGGAUUAUCUACUUCUUAUUUUGUGUUUUAUUUAUAAUUGCUUUUGUUGGUUCUAUUCUCUUUGGAAUUGUAACUAAACGCGACUUACACAACGGAGUUAUGAAAAGAUGGUAUCUAAGACCAGAUGAUUCCACCAUUUUCUUCGAUCCUAGAAAAGUUGCUGCAGCUUCUGUAUUUCAUUUUUUGACGGCCUUAAUGUUAUAUAACUUCUUCAUUCCGAUCUCCUUGUAUUUCUCAAUAGAAUUGGUCAAAGUCCUUCAAUGCAUCUUCAUUAAUCAAGAUAUCAAUAUGUACUAUGAAGAACUGGACAAACCGGCUCUUGCCCGUACUUCAAACUUGAAUGAAGAACUGGGCCAAAUUGACACGAUCCUUUCUGAUAAAACUGGAACUUUGACUUGCAACUCGAUGGAGUUCAUCAAAUGUUCGGUUGCCGGGGUAGCUUAUGGUCGUGGUGUCACUGAGGUUGAGCAAGCCAUUGGUGAUAUAAGUAAUAAUUCACCUAUAAUACAUCAACAAGUUAAUAGGUCGGAACCAGAAUCAGAUAUCAGAGAAGCUCAUGAUCGAAAAGAACCGAUCAAAGGUUUUAACUUUGUGGAUGAAAGGAUAAUGAAUGGAAACUGGGUUAAUGAGCCUUGUGCGGAUGUUAUACAGAAGUUUUUCCGUUUAUUGUCUGUUUGUCAUACUGCCAUACCUGAAGUAGAUGAAGAUACCGGAAGAGUCUCAUAUGAGGCUGAAUCUCCUGAUGAAGCGGCAUUUGUGAUUGCUGCAAGAGAAGUUGGUUUUAAAUUCUAUAAAAGGACCCAAAAUAGCUUAUCGUUGAAAGAGUUGGAUCCGGUAUCUGGUAAUGAAGUUGAAAGGACAUACAAGAUUCUCAAUGUCUUAGAAUUCAAUAGUUCAAGGAAGAGAAUGUCGGUGAUAGUGAAAGAUGAAGAAGGGAAAAUUUUGCUACUCUCUAAAGGUGCUGACAGUGUCAUGUUUGAAAGGCUUGCCAAGAAUGGGAGAGAAUUUGAAGAGAAAACUUUGGAACAUAUGAAUGAGUAUGCUGAUGCAGGUCUAAGAACGUUGAUACUGGCCUACCGUGAACUCGAUGAAGAAGAAUAUAAUGAGUUUGACAAUAAAUUUUCCGAAGUGAAGAAUUCAGUCACCGUAGACCGUGAAUCGUUGAUUGAGGAAGUAUCAGAUAAGAUUGAGAAGAAUCUAAUCCUUCUUGGGGCCACUGCUGUAGAGGACAAGCUCCAAAACGGGGUUCCUGAGUGUAUUGACAAGCUUGCACAGGCUGGAAUUAAGAUAUGGGUUUUGACUGGGGACAAAAUGGAGACUGCCAUCAACAUCGGUUUUUCUUGUCGCUUGCUUCGCCAAGGAAUGAAACAGAUUAUAAUUCAUUUGGAGAUUCCAGAUAUUCAAGCAUUGGAGAAGGAUGGAGACAAGAAGGCUAUCAUCAACGCGUCAAGGGAAAGCGUGUAUCAUCAGAUAUCGGAAGAGGAUAAUACAAAGAACAUGUUUUUAGAGCUCGCAACUCGCUGUUCAUCUGUUAUCUGCUGCCGCUCUUCACCAAAGCAGAAGGCACUGGUUACUAGACUGGUCAAAGAAGGAACAGGUAAAACAACAUUAGCUAUUGGUGAUGGCGCUAAUGAUGUGGGAAUGCUUCAAGAAGCUGAUGUAGGUGUUGGAAUCAGUGGUGUUGAAGGAAUGCAGGCCGUUAUGUCUAGUGAUAUUGCAAUUGCGCAGUUCCGAUAUUUAGAAAGAUUACUUCUUGUACACGGGCAUUGGUGUUACCGGAGGAUGUCCACAAUGAUAUGUUACUUUUUCUACAAGAAUAUCACAUUUGGCUUCACUCUAUUCUUAUAUGAGGUGUAUGCGUCAUUCUCUGGACAGCCUGCAUACAAUGACUGGUUUCUAUCUUUCUAUAGUGUCUUGUUUUCCUCACUACCCGCCAUUGCCCUCGGGGUCUUCGACCAAGAUGUAUCUGCUCGGUACUGCCACAAGUUUCCCUUCUUAUACCAAGAAGGUGUGCAAAAUGUUCUAUUCAGUUGGCGCCGGAUUCUAAGCUGGAUGCUCAACGGAUUCAUCAGCGCCAUAAUAAUCUUCUUCUUCUGCACAAAAGCAAUAGGCCUUCAAGCCUUUGACGAUAACGGACAAACCGCCGGAAAAGCCAUGCUAGGACAAACCAUGUAUACAUGUGUCGUCUGGGUUGUAAACCUACAGAUGGCGCUAUCGGUUCGAUACUUCACCUUGGUACAACAUAUUGCCAUUUGGGGUUCUAUUGCUCUUUGGUAUUUCUUCAUGUUUGCAUAUGGAUCAUUGCCUCCAAGCUUUUCCACAAAUGCUUACAAAGUCUUUGUCGAGACUCUUGCUCCGACUCCUUCCUUUUGGAUUGUCACGCUAUUCGUGACGCUUUCUUCGCUUAUACCGUACUUUUCGUCUUCGACCAUAAAAAUGUGGUUCUUUCCUAUGCAUCACGAAAAGGUACAAUGGAUGAGGUAUGGGGACAAGAAGACUAAUGAUUCUGAAUAG